UCCAGGUUUCUUAUCGGCGCGCUAAGCCCCGCAUCAACGUCAACCCCAAAGGAAAAAAAUCUCGACCCCACCAUCACUUUCAGCAACCCUAUACCCAGACUCAAUUAUGGCUUCUUACGAUUCCGACUCCUCGGACGGCGAGUUUGAGGAGACGAAUGUCCUCUUGGGAUAUGCAUCGAAGGAUGCGGACGAAGAUACCAUUAGCCGCCUUGGAGGAUGUCCUGACUGGCUGGACCCCGAGAACGCCCCCAGCGCGGCAUAUGCCAGGUGUAAGGUUUGCAAGGACUUGAUGGUCCUGCUACUACAACUUAACGGCGAGCUCCCGGAGCGAUUCCCUGAACAUGAUCGACGCCUAUAUGUCUUUGCGUGCCGGCGACAGACCUGUCGGCGCAGGGAGGGCAGCGUUCGGGCCCUGCGCGGGGUGAGGGUGUGGAAGGAGGAGGAUCUCAAGCAGGAGCUCAAGGAGGAGAAGAAGGAGGAGGAGCCGAAGCCCAAGAACGAUGGCCCUGGCCUGGGCGAGGCGCUCUUCGGAGCAAAGGGUCUUGGUGGAGGCGCGAAUCCCUUCGCCAGCAACGCCAACCCGUUCAGCUCCUCGAGCAGCUCUAGCAACCCGUUCAGCUCAGGGGCUUCGUCCAACCCCUUCUCCUCCCAACCGGCCAAGCCCGCUCCCAUCGCCGUCGACACCGACGCUGCUGCGACCGCCCUCCCCAAGACCUUCGCCGAGACACUCUCUAUCAACGCACCGCCUGCUGUCCCGCCACCCCCGGCCGAGCCCUGGCCCGAGACGCAGCCCGACGCCUAUCCGACGCUGUACCUUGCUGACGCUGACUUCGAGACGCUCGACUCUACGCCCGUCAAGGUGCCGGACAACGCCCGGAUGGAGGACGCCGACGCGGCGGAGCCGUCCAUCCUGGACCGCGAGGCCUUCGAAUCCGCCAUGGACGCCACCUUCCAGAAGUUCGCCGACCGGCUGGCCCAGAACCCGGACCAGGUCAUCCGCUACGAGUUCGCCGGCGCGCCGCUGCUGUACUCCAAGAAGGACAAGGUCGGCGAGGUCAUCAACAAGGGCACAAUUCCACGGUGCGGCGCCUGCGGUGCGCGGAGGGUGUUCGAGGUCCAGCUGAUGCCCAACGCCAUCGCUGAGCUGGAGGCCGACGACCUGAGCCUCGACGGCAUGGAGUGGGGGACGAUUGUUGUGGGCGUGUGCGAGAAGGAUUGCUCGCCGCGGAGCACAGAGCUGGGCAAGGUGGGAUAUAUCGAGGAGUGGGCUGGUGUGCAAUGGGAGGAGUUGACCAAGCGAAAGUAGAUAAUGUUGGUUCGUUCAAAGGUACAUAGACGUAGACGUGUUGGUUACAUGGCGGAAGGAAAAGCAAUGCAAUUUCACAUGAUCACCUUUGACGCAUGGUUCAUAUCUACCAGGUAUUUCACAAUGUGCACAAAUCGUGUACGGUUUCAAG